AUGAAGUGGGAAUUGGUUGAGGAGGAUGAUGAUGAACUUCCACUAAAUGAAGAGGACGAUGAUGAUGAUUUGGAUGAGAUAGAACAAGGAGAUGAUCAAAAUAGACAUCAUCUUGUUUUGGCUCAGUUUUAUAAGAUCUUUCAGAAAGCUAUCUCAUCCUCCGGAUUCCCAAAUCAAUCUGAAUUUUCAGGUCAGCCUGGUGAACCUGGUAACCCUGCUACACCAAGAUUUCCAAAUCAACCUGAAUUUCCAAGUCAGCCUGGUGAACCUAGUAACCCUGUUACGCCAGGAUUUUCAUAUCAACCUCAAUUUUCAGAUCAGCCCGGUGAACCUGGUAAUUCUGCUACGCCAGGAUUCCCAAAUCAACCUGAAUUUCCAGGUCAGCCUGGUGAACCUGAUAACCCUGCUACGUCAGGAUUUUCAAAUCAACCUCAAUUUUCAAGUCAGCCUGGUGAACCUGAUAAUCCUGCUACACCUGGAUUCCCAAAUCAACCUGAAUUUCCAGGUCAGCCUGGUGAACCUGAUAACUCUGGUACACCAGGAUUUCCAUAUUAG